AUGGACGGAUGUUUUCGAGUCAUUGGUUAUCCGGAUUGGUGGCCAGGAAAUAAAAAAGAAGAUGAGAAACCAGAGGAAGAAGACGAGGACAACAACAACAGAGUGGUGGACCAGGAUCCAAUCAUGGAAGAGGUGGAGACAAGAACGGUGGAUACAGGCGGCACAAGACUUCACAACUUGAGCGAUGAGAUCCGGAAGACUGUGAUUCUCAUGUUGAAUUCCCAGAGAAUAAACCCGAAUCGGAAGAUGGAUAGUAAGAUCGAAAACUCAUCCUGGAUCAUAGACUCUGGAGCUACCAAUCAUGUGACAGGUAAUCCGGAAGAACUGAGCAAUAAGCAAGACAUUCCUAUGUGUCCGGUUCCUUGCAACAAUUACCAUAGGAACCGAACUAAAAACUUUUCGGAGGGAAUGAAAGAGGAACAUUGGAAAACAACCACGCACCAAGAGAUCCAAGCAUUGGAGGAUAAUGGAACAUGGACACUAGAAACUAUGCCACCGGAUAAGAAAGCACUCAGAUGUAGAUGGGUGUACAAAAUCAGGUACAACUCCGACGGCAAGAUCGAGCGAUAUAAAGCUCGUUUGGUCAUCUUCGGAAAUAAACUGGAGGAAGGAAUUGACUACAACAAAAAAUUUUCUUCGGCUGCUAAGGUAGUAACCAUUUGGACCUUCUUAGCAAUUGCGACUGCGCGAAAUUGA